AUGAAGAAUGUCGAUAAAAAAGACGAAAGAGACCAAUCAAAUGAACAGAAAGAUAAAAAAUAUGAAGAUAUAGAUGAAAAAUAUGAAGACAUAGAUGAAAAAUAUAAAGACAUAGAUGAAAAAUAUGAAGACAUAGAUGAAAAAUAUGAAGACAUAAAUGAAAACUAUGAAGACAUAGAUGAAAAAUUUGAAGAUAUAGUUGAACAAAAUAAUGAUGAUAAUAAUCUAAAAACAAACGAUGUUUAUCAUGACAUUAUAGAAGACAAAGAAGAUAAUGAAUGUUGUAAUAAUAAAAUAGAAAUAUCAAAGGAUCCUUUAAAUGAAAACCAAUCUAAUAUAAAUAAUAAAAUGAAUAUUUUAAUCAAUAACGAAAUUAUAGAUAAUGAAAAAAAAACUAGAUACAAAUGA